GCAGCCGGAAGUCCCGCCUGUCGUGUAGUCUUCUCAGUCUCCACCGUCGCCGCUGUUGUUGUUGUGGUCGGCUCGCUGAACUUCACGGCUCAAAGAGCCGGCUCGGUUCCCCUCCCUCGCCGCCAUGAAGUGGAUGUUCAAGGAGGACCACUCACUGGAACACAGAUGCGUAGAAUCCGCGAAGAUCCGAGCAAAAUAUCCCGAUCGAGUUCCGGUGAUUGUGGAAAAGGUCUCAGGCUCCCAGAUUGUUGACAUUGACAAACGGAAGUACUUGGUUCCAUCUGACAUCACUGUGGCUCAGUUUAUGUGGAUCAUCAGGAAAAGGAUCCAGCUUCCUUCUGAAAAGGCAAUCUUCCUGUUUGUGGAUAAGACAGUCCCACAGUCCAGCCUAACUAUGGGGCAGCUUUACGAGAAGGAAAAGGAUGAAGAUGGAUUCUUAUACGUGGCCUACAGCGGAGAGAACACUUUCGGCUUCUGAGGGCCAGCGCUGGGCUGAUAAGUGCACUGUUCCUGCUUGUGUAUCUUGUAAAUAGCCAGCUGUUUUCAGGUGUUCACCCACCUCUCCACAUAGACCUCUUGAGUGCAUUUGUAACUGGAUUUAUUUCUUAAUAUAUUGGGUUUGUUUCCUUAGACUAGUAAAUUAUCCUACAGAGUUUUAUUUUGAAGUUUUCUUUUGUGCACUAUCCUCAUGGCUCUGUUCUCCAGGGAGCUUGUUCCUCUGGGAACAAGUGAUGUAGUUUUCUCUGGGAAUUAUUUAAUGAAACUGUUUCCAUAAUGAAGUGAGGUAGGUGCAGUGUUAAAGGGAAAGGGAAGAAACGAUGCAUUUAUUCUGGAUUAUGUUUGAAGUGUUAGAUGGCUAAGUAUUAAAAGCAUCCAAAUUAAAUCCUUAGCAAUCAGGACACUUGCUUCACUAGAUUUUGCCAACUGCCAAUCAUGUUGGACUGAGCUAAUCUGUUCCUCUUUCUGAAACUGUUAAGGUAAAUGAUUAACAAUAAAAUUUCCUCUAUAAAGGCA